UUAAUUCAUCGCUUGACCCUUAUUGUCACUCACUACCUCUAUAAGAUGUAUAUUUAAUUGAGAGGGUUUUUUAGUAGAGGUUUUUAAAAACCUCCAAAAUACACUUUAUUUAUGGCAGUUUAUAAAACCCCCUAAUAGUUAAUUCAUAAUUAAGAUUUAAAAAUUUUAAAAAAUCCCUCUUCUUCUUAGUUUCACAAUGAGACCGAGUCAGAAAGGAAGAGAAGAGAAUGGCGACAAAACUCUAAGUUCUUCAUCGCCGAUUUCGCCGCCGUUGCAGCUGUCGAUUCUGCCGCCGUUGCAGUCACCAGUUCAGCUAGCUAGUGUUUUUGCCACAGUUAUUAUAGGAAGCUUCUCAAUCGAGCCACGGUUGCCGCUGCAGUUCCUACCGCCGUUGCUGCCGCAGUUUCCGCUGUAGUUGCCGCGUCUAAAGCUUCUGAAUCAAGUCACUGUUUUAGAUCUGUUUUCUCGUUCGAGCUGCCGCUGGCACUUCCUAUUUACCUUGAUAAAAUUUUUCAUCUUAUUGUUGCUGUUAUUUUAUCAGUAACUUUUGUUCUAGCUUUUGGAGAGGUUAUCCCUCAAGCUAUAUGCUCAAGAUAUAGACUCUAUGUUGGUUCAAAUUUUGUGGGACUUGUACGUGUACUGAUGAUAAUUUGUUUUCCAAUUGCAUACCCUUUUGGAAAGGUUCUGGAUAUAUUACUAGGACACAACGAUGCACUGUUUCAGCGAGUGCAAUUAAAACCCAUGUUUCAAUCCAUAGCCAAGAGGUAUAGGGAACUACAGGGUCUCAAUAAACAAGAAACAGCUGACAGAUAUGAAAAAGAACAAGUCCAUGAGUGACCGCACAAAAGCUAUGACACACCUCCUCCCAAUGAAGAAAGUUUGGAAAUGUGUGCUAAAGAGCAGUUGCCUAUUUUAGAGACCAAAUUGAACCUCAACUUUUAUCCGAAAAGAAUGUUAUGAUCGCUGCCCAUGGAAACUCCCUGAGAUCCAUUAUCUUGUAUGUCGACAAUUUAACUUCCCAAGAGGGUUUCUUCACAGGAGGAGGAUUUGGUUGAAUAGAGUACAAAAAAGGUCAAAACUCGCGAUGAAGUUUAUCUAAACCAAUCGGGAGAGUCGAUGGAUCGGACACCUCGGACGGAGUGGCUGUUACUGAACGUGUAGUGAAAAAGGUCACGUAUAAGGAUUUGUUAUUGACUAUAUCCGUGCCUAGACUUGAAGGUAUCCCAGACAUUGAUCUAGAUGAUGAUAUGGCGAAAGAUGAUCUUAAUCCGGAGGAUCGAUGGUAUCAAGAAAAUAAUGAUCCGCAGGAAAAUGUCAAGGAAUUUGACCCAUGCCCGAUUAUUCCAAUCUCAAAAGAAGAAUUUGAGAAUUGGUGCAAGCCCUGGAAGAAUGUUUUUAUUGUGAAAUUGUUGGGCAAAAGGGUUGGUUUGGCCUUUAUAGAACAACAAUUGAAAAGGGAUUGGGUAAAAAAUGGUACUAUUGAUGUUAUUCAUAUGGACCGCGACUAUUUUCUUGUUCAUUUUUCAGAUGAUGAAGGCUACUCUCAUGCACUUACGGAAGGACCAUGGAUGAUUGUGGGUCACUACGUCGUCGUCCAAAGAUGGAGACCUUCCUUCCUCACAUCAGAAGAUAUUGUUCGGAAGAUUGCUAUUUGGAUUCACAUACCUAACUUGCCCAUUGAGCUUUAUAAUCAACGCUUCCUGUGGAGGGUGGGAUCAGCCAUUGGUCAUAUGCUCAAAAUCGAUCAUACAACUUCUAUACACUUAAGAGGAAAAUUUGCUAGAAUAUGUGUGAAAAUUGAUCUGGCUAAAAUACUAGUGCCUCGAAUCUCUAUGUUGGAUAGCGAACUAAAUAUUGAGUAUGAAGGGCUGCAUCAAAUCUAUUUCUCUUGUGAAAAAUAUGGGCAUUGGCUUGACUCUUGCUACGAAAAUCUUGGAGGACAAAUGUCGUCCCAACUAGCAAACCUAGGUGGCGGUGAGAUGACCGGGGAAGGUGUUGCCAUUGACGGUGAAGGAGACCAAAAAGAAAAUAAUAAUGCAAAAAUUAAUGCGCAGGAGCCUAGGGCAAAAGAUUUUAUGGAUUUUGGCCCAUGGAUGCUGGAAAAAAAGCUAAUUAGAUGGAAAAAAGAUAUUUCUUUCCCCAAAAAGAAAAGGUCUCAUUAUGAUUAUGAUUCCAACUCUAAUAUGGAAAGGGAGGCAAAUCAGGAAUCUAUUUAUUUGGAGGGGGUCACGCUUUAAUGCUCUUUAUGAGGCAGGGAAUAUAACUUAUGAAAACUCAAAUGGGGAAAAGGAUAAUGGAUCAAAGUAUAAUGGGCUUCUAUCUGUUCAGGCUCAAGGUGUAAACCCUAUAAAAUUAGCAAAUAAUUAGUCAAUAAAUUAAUUUUUAAUAAAGUAAAUUAUAAAUAUA